AUGAGGCUAGACGGACCAUUGAAGGGUGUGCCUGUGAUGUCAGUGUUACUCGUGUUUUUUCUGACCACCUUGCACAGUGUAACAGGUUCCGAUGAAGUCCGUAAUCUCUACAACGCGAUGAUGACGAACUACAGCUCCCAUGUCAGACCCGCGAGAAACUUCACCAAACCGACCGCCGUCUACAUGGACAUUGCGCUGAACAAGAUCAUCGGACUGAACGAUCGUGCCCAAGUCUUGACGACUCUGUUGUCUGUACACAUGCACUGGAAAGACGACUAUAUGACGUGGGACCCCGCAGACUUUGGUGGGAUGACGUCAGCUAACUUUCCCUCCGAGGCCUUAUGGACGCCGAAAAUAAACCUGCAAAACAAAGCCGGCGAUACCGACGGUUCCCUGGAGCCGCUGGACGAUCUGAAGGUGUUCUGGGAUGGGCGAGUCGUCUCCGUCCACCCGGGAACCCUCUACAGCUCCUGCCGCCUGCGCCUGCAACACUUCCCGUUCGACACGCAGACAUGCACACUCCUCUUCGGGCCGUGGAACCACGACGACACGGAGUUACUCCUGGUGAACCAGUCGGACACCCUGGUCAACCCCGACCAUUACACAGAGAGCGUGGAGUGGGCCCUGAUAGAGGACAGCAUCCGCCCACAACUCACACACCAUACCUACAACCCUCACGGGAAGUUCGGGCACUACCUGUUCGCCCUGUUCCUGCCAUGCGCACUGCUGCUGACCAUGGUGCUGUCCGGCUAUCUACUGCCUCCCAGCGCCCCCGUGCGGCUGCAGAUGAGUAUUACAAUGCUGCUGGCGCUGGUCGUGCUGCAACUCACCAUCAUCAACUCUCUGCCGGCGUCGGGAGAUCUCACUCUCAUCAGUAGAAACCGGACGGCGCUGUUUUCAUUAUCAGCCCAGUACUACGUGGUGGUUAUCGUCAUCACAAGUCUGUCCGUCAUCAACGCCGGCAUACUCACUCACAUCAUCAACAGGAGGAAACCUAUGGGGCCUUGGGUUGAGAAGAUAAUCCUGGUCUAUCUGGCGUACGUCAUGUGUGAAGUCGAGAACCGGCCUGAACCGGUUUGUGAGAACGACAAAGCGCCGAAGCAACCCGAUAAUGACCAGGAUCAGGAGAACAGCGUUGAAGUUGCGAGUUUAGCUGGUGACGAGGCCCACCAACAGACAGGAGUUCCUAAAGACAUCCAGAUCCUUCUGCAGAACAUCUCCACUGACCUACACCUUCUGACGGAGGACAAGAAGAACUCCCGCAGGAGUAACGACACAGUCAGGAAGCAGGCGAAGGCGGCCAGGAUUCUAAACAAACUGGCCUUCAUCGUUUUGGGGAUUACUUCGUUUGCUUUCACUGUUAAUUUCCUUCUGUGGCCCUUCCACAGUGCUGCAUAG